UGAUAUUCUAGUAGUAUUGCAGACUUGCAACCGUUAGUUGCACACUUCAUGUUGCGUUGCCUGUGUGCUGCGCAACUUAGAACGUUGUUUUAUGUCGUUUAAGUCAUAUACAUCCCGACACCUUUCACUAUCUAUACUGACAUCAUAUCAUUAUAAUGUAUGAAGAAUUUGUAACUUUGCAUAAACCACAACUGUUGGCAUGUGGUGUUCCUGAAAUAUAUUGGCCCACUCUUUAUAAAAAGUUAGAAAGUGAUGAUUUAGAAUCAAGCAACGUCUUCCAAGUACUGCAGAUAGAUUAUGCGGAUGAUGUAAAACAACCUGGAGAUCCUAAUUUCACCGUUCAGGUAACUCAUGAGCAGGGUAUCAGUAAUAAUGAUCCGCAAGAUAUAUUUUUGAUUGAUCAUGCUUGGACCUUUCGAAUCAGUGAUAGAAGAAAAUUGCUCUCAGAAAUUCCAUCACUCAGAGAUCGCAUGGCCAGCAUGUUGGGAAUAGAUAAUGUAAAUGAUAUAAAUGAGGUCAUAGAAUGUAUUUGCAAUGAAAUGUGGAAAUAUUGUUUAUACUAUACCAUGAGUGGUUUAAGUUCUGACAUUGAGCAUAGUAUGCCUGUUUGGUAUAUGAUGGAUGAACUAGGAUCUAGGAUUCAACAUAGUGAUAAUCCUAAUGUUAUUGUAACACCAUUUUUAUAUAUUACGAAGCAAAUCACUUAUAGCAUUUUAUUUCCACUAAGAAGUAUUGCCCAAAAUGAAUAUCUUCUGAGAGAUUAUGUAGUAGGAAUUCCUAUUGAAAGUGAAUAUCGAAAGGCAUUGCUUCAUCCUUGGCACCCAUGUGAUUUUACAAUGGAAAGUUUUACCCAAACUACACCUUCGAAAGAAUAUUUUUUAAGUGGUAGGAUUGAUGAAACAUUACCUGUUGUUGAAUCUUUUCCCACCUUUUGCUCAAGAGCACUUAAGGUUUUUACACAAUAUAAAUAUGUACACAAAUAUCUGACUCAUCCUAAUUUUGAAAUAUGUGAUGAUGAAUCAUCAGCGGAUAUAUUAUGGUAUACACAACAUUUUAAAAACUAUGAAGAGUUAUCACUUAAUAGACCUAAUACAUUUGUAAACCAGUUUCCAUUUGAAAAUGUCAUAACAAUUAAGGAUUUAUUAAGUGCCAUAUGCCGUAUUGAUAACAUUGAACAUCAUGAUAUAAAUUCUUUGGACACUUAUCCAGAAUGGCUUCCAACUACUUACAAUUUAGAAACUGAGCUUAUACAGUUUGUAAGUUAUUUUCAAAAUAGACUUAAAAAAAAGCUAGAUAAUACAUGGAUUUUGAAGCCUUUUAAUUUAGCUAGGGGUUUAGACACCCAUAUCACAAACAAUUUGAAUUGUAUAUUGCAAAUUUGUAGAUCAGGACCAAAAAUUGUACAAAAAUAUAUAGAAAAUCCUGUAUUAUUUUUAAGACCCGAUACAAAUAUAAUGGUAAAGUUUGAUAUUCGGUAUGUAGUGUUAUUAAAAUCUAUAAAGCCAUUAGAUGUUUAUAUUUAUAACAAUUUCUUCUUACGUUUUGCUAAUAAAUCAUUUAGUCUUGAUAAUUUUGAUGAAUAUGAAAAACAUUUCACAGUAAUGAAUUAUGAUGAAAAUGCAACAUUAUUCCAUCUCAAAUGUGAAGAGUUCAAAACAGAAUGGGUUAAACAAUAUCCAGACCAUAAUUAUACCAAUAUAGAAAAAAUGAUUAAGCAAAUGCUCAAACAAGUAUUUUUAUGUGCAACAAGUAAGGAUCCACCAAUGGGAAUUAAAGAAAACCCACAAUCAAGAGCUUUAUAUGCAGUUGAUUUAAUGUUGAAUUGGCACCAAACGCAAAUUAGACCAAAACUUCUGGAAGUAAAUUGGAUGCCAGACUGUAAACGAGCUUGCGAAUAUUACCCUGACUUUUAUAAUGACAUUUUUGAAUUGCUAUUCUUAGAUAAAACCAAUACAAAUUUUCAAAAAUUAUAG